GACACUCGUCGCUAGGAUGCUUGGCAUUCUCGUUCCUCUAAUGGCAGAGGUGACGGGGGUCUACAAGAGACAGAUCGUAUUUCCUUACUCCCUGCCUGGGCCAGGAUUACUCAAGGACAAUGGCUUGUCUAGUAGAGAGUAAGCAUAUGCUCCGAGUGUUUCCUCAAUAAAUUCGGCACUAUGACUGAGUGCGAGGAGCCUGUGUUCUUUUAUCGAGACAGUUCAGCGACAGUCUGGUCGAAACUGACAUCACAAAGCCUUGGCUAAAUUUCCUUGUUUGGGUCCAGCCAGAGCAAACUGGAAAAAGCCAGGCUAAUCCGCUGCCUCUCAUACUCUACUUACUGGACGUGUACAACAAGGAAAAGUGGGCUUUUCCUUUCAGAGCUGUUUCUGGAAACCUGUACUUUCUCAGACUCCCACAGGCACCCUGUGCUAUCACAGCAAACAUUUCACGCUGCUCCGCACAGAGCCUGUAGACAGAUCGGUGUACACUGAUUCAACAGGCGAAACCAGAAAAAGAUGUGUGGAAAAAUGUUCAAAUGAAACAGAACGAUGGAAACAAGACCGUCUCACAAGAUCUGUCUGCAAAUGAAAAAUAACAGAAAGGAAUAUGAUCAAUAACUGACACAAACAUCGUCGUCUAUACCACUUUACGCUGGGUACCCAUGGGGAGCCUGGAGACUAUCCCAGAAGACUUAGGGCACAAGAUGUGGUGCACCCUGGACAGGGUGCCAAUCCAUUGCAGGGCGCGCACACACACACACACAGUACGGGCAAUUAGGGAACGUCAAUUAACCUAAUUUGCAUGUCUUUGGAUUGCAGGAGUUAAGCGGAGCACCGGAGGAAACCCACCAACCACGAGGAGAACAUGCAAACACAGACCCGAGGCGGGAAUCGAACCCGGAUCCUGGAUGUGCUAGGACCCUGAAGCAGCGUGACUCUGUGCUACUGAGGAAACUCUGAGACUCAGAAGUGUGAGGAGCACUAACCCUCACCUCACCUCACCUCACCUCACCUCAGGCAGCAUGGCCUGCACACCUUUUAUCCUGGACGGUGGAUUAUCAACAGAACUGGAGGAAAGAGGAUUUCACAUUCAGGGAGAUCCCUUGUGGAGUGCAAGAAUUUUGCAUACAAACCCCGGUGCUGUUAAGGACGUGCAUAACAGCUUUCUUCAAUGUGGAUCUGAUGUUAUCACAACAGCCACAUACCAGGCUAGUGUCGAAGGAUUCAUCAAGCACCUUGGUGUUAAGUCUGAGGAGGCUGAGAACUUAAUAAUGUCAGGGGUCCGAUUAGCUAAAGAGUCAGCAGUGGACUUUAUGGCCAGCUGUUUAACAACAGACAGAAAAGCGCCUUUAGUUGCAGGAUCAGUGGGACCUUUCGGGGCUUUUUUACACGACGGUUCAGAAUACACAGGGGUCUACGCAAGCAGCAUGAGUGUAGAGGAGCUGAAGAAUUGGCAUCGGCCACAGAUUCGCUGUUUAGUGGCUGCAGGAGCUGAUCUGCUUGCAUUGGAGACCAUACCGAGUCUUAAGGAGGCUGAGGCCUUGGUGGAGCUGUUGAGGGAAUUUCCUGAUGCCAAAGCCUGGCUUUCCUUUUCAUGCAGGGAUGCCCAGAGUAUUUCAGAUGGCAACACGUUUGCCAAGGCCGUUCAGGUGGCCAAUAAUUCUCCUCAACUGGUUGCAAUUGGAGUGAACUGCUGUAAAGCUGCUCUAGUGAAACCUAUUCUCGAAUCAGCCAAGUCAAACAAGAGACCUGACAUGAGCUGGGUGGUGUAUCCUAACAGUGGGGAAGACUGGGAUGCCAGCUCAGGAUGGAAAGAAAAAAGGAUUCCCUUUACAGAGCUAAGUGUCGAGUGGAAAGAACAAGGGGCUCUAUGGAUUGGAGGCUGUUGCCGUAUCCGACCUGCCGACAUUGCCCAAUUAAAAAGUCGAUUAACCGAGUCAUGAAAAUCACAAAGUUAAGACCAGCCACAAAAUGUGGAACACUUUUUUUUUUUUAUUAUUAUUAUUAUUUUUUAAAGAAAUUGUAUAAAUAUAUCUUAAGAAAUAAAGGUGACCACCUAUUUCCAGUUCACACUGUUUUUAAAUGCAUGUACGAAGUGUAGACACUUGUCAUAGAACAUAGUCGGGAUGCUGCUAAGGCAAAAAUACAA